AGCCGAGGUAGAGGGCUGGCAAAGUAUGAAGAAGUUUGGCCCGGGCGGUAGUUUGGAAGUAUCAGGCGCAAACGCCUGAUGAGGGUGUGUUCUCGUGCGAGGGGCGUGGCUCGGGUAUGAGGGGAGUGAGAGGUGGCCCUAGUCCGAGUCCCGCGAGGCGAGCGAGUGGACAGAUCAGUGCUCGAAGGGAAACGCUCAGAGUUUUAGGUUCCUGCGCAUUAUUUGGCAGCUGAUCAGGAUUCCAAACUGAAGAUGCUGCUGCUGAAUAGCCUGAGAGUUAUUCAAGGGUCCUCCUGCAAAUGGCUGUGGAGGAGAGUCCGGGUUCCCAGAUCCAUGCCGGUGAGACCCUGCAGUCUGUAUACCUGCACGUAUAAAAUGCGGAACCGAGUCUUGCAUCCUCUCUGGGAAACCAUGGACCUUGCUCCAGCAGGUGACAGACAGUCACCCAUUAACAUCCGGUGGAAGGACAGCGUUUAUGAUCCUGGCUUAAAACCACUCACCAUCGCUUAUGACCCAACCACCUGCCUGCACAUCUGGAAUAACGGAUACUCUUUCCUCGUGGAAUUUGAAGAUUCUACGGAUAGAUCAGUGAUCAAGGGAGGACCGCUGGAACACAACUACCGACUGAAGCAGUUCCAUUUUCACUGGGGGGCCAUCGAUGCCUGGGGGUCCGAGCAUACUGUGGACAGCAAAUGCUACCCAGCGGAGCUGCACUUGGUGCAUUGGAAUGCUGUCAAAUUUGAAAGCUUUGAGGAUGCAGCCCUGGAAGAAAAUGGUUUGGCUGUGAUAGGAGUAUUCUUAAAGCUAGGCAAACAUCAUAAAGAACUACAGAAAUUGCUGGAUACUUUGCCAUCAAUUAAGCAUAAGGACACCCUUGCGGAGCUUGGGUCCUUUGACCCUGCCUGCCUGAUGCCCACCUGCCCUGAUUACUGGACCUACUCAGGGUCCCUGACUACCCCACCUCUCUCAGAGUCCGUCACCUGGAUCAUUAAGAAGCAGCCAGUAGAGGUUGAUCACGAUCAGCUUGAGCAAUUUCGGACCCUACUCUUCACCUCUGAGGGGGAAAAAGAGAAAAAAAUGGUGGACAACUUCCGCCCCCUUCAGCCCUUGAUGAAUCGCACAGUCCGCUCAUCCUUCCGCCAUGAUUACGUGCUGAAUAUACAAGCGAAACCCAAGCCAUCAGCCAGCCAAGUGACCCCCUAAGGGAUCCAUACCUAGGCAAUAUUUUUCUUAUUUUAGUUUUUUAAAACACUGUUAACUAUUUUACAUAAUUGCACUAACAAUACUUACAGAAAAAAACAUAUAUAUACAGACAUUUCCAAGUCACUAUCCUUGUAAGGUAGGAUCAGGGACACGAAACAAUUGGAAACAUCAGGCAACUUUAGGUGACCAUUUGUUUGUCAGGAUUAAGGGAGAAGGGACUUAAGUACUAUUGCCAGUUGAAACUGGCCUGUUGGUGAACGCUGGCUGCCAUCUCUUUAAUCUUGUUUUUUGAGAAGGUCAGAUAAAUAAUUUAGUUUCUGUGUUUGGUAAAGUGGAGCUUUAUUUAUUGUGAGCUAUCGUGAGCGAUUCCAUUUUGAGUUUGAGCCUGGUCCACCUCAGCCUAGCACAGCGGCUUAGUUCAAAACAAUAGCCUCCUAUAACUUUUAUUUAACAAUUUUCCCAUUUUGGUCAGGCACUCAUGAGCUUAGAGACUUGGUGCUACUCUUAGUUACCAUCAUUUUGGGUUUCAGGUAUUAACAUGUCAUUCAUAGGUCAGAUGUGCACUUAUUGGCAUGAAAGUGCUUUAUCAGUCUUUGAGAAAUCUAUUUGGUAAACAGAUUCUUUCUUUGGUUAAUAAUAGUAUUUAUCAUUAAAAUACCAGCAAAAGGUACCAGUUUUCUUUACAGCAAUUCAUUGGUAAUUGUAAUAUCUAUUCAUGUUUGACAUUUUUGAGCACUUUUUUGUUUAUUAAUCAAAAGUCCAAUAAAGUUACAAGUAGGGAUUAUAUUCAGAAUGUUUAAUAAAUGGUAGCAAUAGAAACACUGAGCACACAUAACAGAGGCCUUUUAGAAAUGGCCAUAGGGCUCAAACUGGUCCUUUCUGGCUGAAUGCUGACUAUGGUUUUAGAUAUACUUUCUUUCAAAAUGGGAAUAUAUAUUCUUUUAAUAGGGGUCCAUUAUAAGUAUUUUCGUUCUACUUUUUAGUUGUAAUAAUUAGUACAUGACGUGCUUACUUAUUCCCAAUGUAUGAUAUAGAAAAUAUGUUUUGUAAUCAUGCAAAAAGAAGCAUUUUACUAGACUUGGAAGUCCUUUUACAUUUCUGAAGAUCAGAUAUUUUAUUUAAUGGCUUGAUCACAUAGAAAACAUAUUCAGAACAUAUUUUAAAAAUGCCUAGAACAGAAUUCCUUUUUAUUUGGUUUUAUUUUUAUUUUAAAAAGCAAAACAGUAAAAAAACAAAGGACAGAAAUGAUACAGAAUUUCAAAAAAGGUAGGAAAUUAGCACUAGUUAAUACAUUGCAUAUUGUUAUCUUAGAAGUAGUUGUUCAAGUUCAAGAUCUAGGCACAAAAAUGAUCAAUCAAACAACAGCACAAAAUGUUCUUUUUGAUAAACUAAGGGAUUAGUAGUAUAAUUAUAUAUCUUGCAUACAUAUACAUAAAUAAAUUUAUAUAUGUUUACCAACAUACAUAUAAUCUUUUCCUUUCUUCCUUUUAAAACAGAAUUCUUUCAUGGUACAUUUACAGAAAUAUUCUUCAAUGGAUGAGUAAUCUAAUAGUUCACAUUUAUAGUGUUAUUUUACAUUAUUUGUAUACUGUUACAUAGAAUAUAGUUAUAUUUCCACAAUGACAGGCAAUCUUAGCUCUCCUGUAAUGCUGAGUAAACUUGGGCUAGAGAUGUAGCUCAGUGGCAGAGUACCUGCCUAAUGCUAGGCAGGCAUGUCAUACAUGUGUAUGACAUCCUGGGUUCAGUCCCCAGAACUCCCAGAAAUAAAAACUUUCUGAACUUUA